UAGACCCGCUAACGACAGUCAGAACCGAUGACCAGAAUGACACCAUGACGAUGGAGUACAACCUCACCACCCCGGCUCCAGGUCCACCCUCCCCGCUGCCACCUGCUGAGGAGCUUGACGAAGGCACAGGAGGUGGAGCGGAGGUGGAAGACGAAGCGAUGACACACCUGAGUUACAUUUCUGAAGAUCUGAAUGAGACUGCCGCAGAGGAAGCACUCGAGCAGGAAGAGAUAAAUGGGGAUCAGAUGACCCACAAUCCUCCAGCAAUCAGCCGGGAUUCAGGUUCAUUUGUUCGUGUUGGAGAGACGGGAACCGAAGCAGAAUCCCAGCUGAGCUCUGCUGCUGAAAACACGGAGACCAAUCAAACCGUAACACCGACGCCGCUCAAUCACGUUUCACCGUCGACUCGGACUACAACUCCUCUAAGGACUACAACUCCCAGAGAGCUGACAUCAGCAGCUGUGGAGGAAUCGGCAGAGGAAGGCGGUUUAGUCUCCACCACAGCAAUGACCCUCAUGACUCCCUCCAAGACAUCUGAGGAGGAAGAAGGUGGGGAAGAGGAGGAGGACAAUGACGAGGAGCCGGAGUCCAAUGAGCACAUGUUUAUUGUCCUCAAAACUACAACCGUGAAAAUGGAAACACCGUCAGCCACAACAGUGCAGAGCAUCACAGAGUCUGAUAAGCUGACAGAAAGAUCAGCGGUGACUACAAGGAAAACUUCUCACACAGAAGGUGGAGGAGGUGUCAGGUUCACAUUAACACCAGCAACACCUCCAGCUUCACAGGAGAGAGGGGAGCGAGGUGCCAGCGAGGAGGAGAUGAGCUCUCCGAGGCCGGCUGAAGGCUCACCGAUUAGAGUCCCAACAACGAGAAGCUCGCUCCCACAAACCAGACCGGUGAGAACCCCUCCUGAUGGCUCAUGGGAGGAAGACGUCGCACCUCCUCUUCCUCCUCCUCCUGCUGCUGCUCUCAGUCUACUGAGUAAAGGUCAAAAGCUGCCACCAUCUGCAACACCCACGUCAUCAUCAUCAUCGUCAAUGAGACCCGUCACAAAGGCGACACAGAGGAGCCCGGCCACCUCCAUCAAACCGCGGUGGGAGAGCCAUCCCGGGAGCACGACAGCAGCAGUUUUAAAACCUCCACCAUGUCCCACCGCGGAGGCUGAAUCUGAGGAAAAAAAAGGAACAGUGAUGGCGACACCUCCGUGUGUGGAAGGAGAGGCGGACGGCUCGCAGGAGAAAGACUCAGAUGACUGGUUCGGGCCUCAGAGGAGGGCAGUGCCGUUCUUCGCCUGGUCCCUGCUGGAGUCUGUUGGACUGACCGACAUGCAGCUGCAGCCAGACACCAAAGAAUGCAGUCACUCCUUCAACGUGUACGGCAGCGACGGUCAAUCCAGGCGGGAGAUGCCGGCGCUCGGGGAGAUGCUCCGCUGCCUGACGGGACGCUGCCCGCACGAGUACGAGAUGUACGGCUGCUACUGCGGACAGGAGGGCGGCGGGCAGCCUCUGGACCAGCUGGACAGGUGCUGCUUCUUCCAUCACUGCUGCCUGAAGCAGAUCAGCUCGAUGGGCUGCAGGCCGGACAGGAAGCUCAAUGCUCAGCUCUCCUGUGAGAACGCCAGACCGCGAUGUCAGGGGGUCACUGUGUGCGACAAACUGCAGUGCGUGUGCGACAAAACCACAGCAGAGUGCAUGGCGGCCGCACACUUUAACCACAGCCUGCCGGAGCAGCGGUGUCGCGGGCCAGCGCCCCCCUGCCGCCGGGCCAGCAGACCCCCCAAACCUCUGAGGGUCUCCCCUCAGUCCAGCGAGGAGUCGGACAUGGAAGUCGGGGACACCAGCAGUGAUGAGGACACAUACACACCUCCACCUCAGCGACCUCCUGACAGCGAUGAAAGCUCUGACCUGAAGGACGAAGAGAAGUCAACUCCUUCUGCUGGAUCAUCAGGAGGUGUGACACAUCCUCCUCUUCCUCCUCCCCCUCCCCCUCCUGCUGCUUCCAGUGAGCAGAGCAGAGAGCGACCGACAGUCAGCGGGUUUCAAACCCAGAACCUCAGGCCGAGUGCAGGACAGAGCCAGGGGCAGCAACCAGGAGACAGGAAGGAGGAGGAAGAGGAGGAGGAGGAAGACAAAGGAAAAGAGGAGGUGGAAGACAUAGAGGAAGAGGAGGAAGAAGACAAAGGAGAAGAAGAGGAGGAGAAAUAGAAGCUAAAGAAUUGCUUUUCGGUGACAGAUUUGUGAUUUGAAGUCAUUUUGGGGCCUCGUUAAAAGAUGUCAGAAUAUGUUGAGUCCAGGUUGAUUUAUUAAAAACAAAAAUCAGUUUGUUUCCUUUGAUUUCUAUUUAAACACAUGAAGUGAAUGUGAGUAAAUGAAGGCGAACAGGCCUCUCUGGGAUCUUCCUCUGAACAGUUCAGACAGAUGACGCUAAUAAAGACAUCAGGACUCGACAGCUUCGAUAGAAACACUUUAAUCUCAACGCACAUUUUUCUAUUU